GCUCCACGUGUGUACGAUCAGUCGCAGCUGAUUUUCUAAAGCUGUCGGGUAAUGUAGUUGUUUGGCUAGAGAAACGAGGAGAAGCGAGUAACAGUAAAACUACAAAGACCCACAAUGCCAUUCGUUGGAUGAGUAGAGGUAUGGAGUGGCAUGCUUGUCAUACCGGCCGGUACAGGGAAAGUUACUGCAGGGGAGCCAUACCAUGCCACCGCCCGGCUGAAACGGCAUUUUACCACUUUAAAUCGCGGCAAUCACAUUGACAGGGUUACACGGUGAUUUGAACUAAAUUAUUUGACGAGGAUGCGAAGAGCAAGAAUUAGUAUUAAGCCCAAUGUCAGGCCAGGAGGUCGAAGUGUGGCACCUGCUGCAGAGGACAGGAGCUCCCAAGGGUCCACAGCUGUUGGGGACACCCAGCAAAAGCUGUCACCUUCUCCACAGCCUCAACUGGAUGUCAAAGAGUCUGCAGUGGCCACAGGAGAUGGAAAUGUGCCCGGCUCUCCAUCAGAGAAAGCAUCACUGAACAUCAAUGAUGGAGCGCCAUCUAGCGUCAGCACACCUGCAACUACAGCCCUUCAGAGGAGGAGUAGAGUCUCUGCCACACCGAACCUAGCCAGACCCAAAGUCCGUUCUGCUGCUCCUCCAUCCACUGGAAAGACUGCUUCUCUUCCGUCAGAGACAUCCAAGGCAUCAUCCUCUUUCCAGGAAGCCAAGUCUUUUCCUCAGUCCCCCAUCCCGGUUGGUAUCAGCAGAGACCAUUCACAAAACUCUACCUUCUCAAAUGCCACUACAGCAGCCAACUACACUCCAUCCUCACCAUGUCUUCCAUCAACAUCUGGCUGUCUGUUGUCUACAUUAUCAACAGCAUCUCAACAAAAGCCUUGCCAAACUCCCCAAAAAAAACUCCCAAAUGAGGUUUCUGGGCCACAAACAGGAGACAGUGCAGUUUCAUGCACACUCUCACCAUAUGUGAAACUAUCACAUGUUGAUGGACCAGACUCUCCCCUCAGGAACACGAUUUCUUCAGAUAAGCAGCGGGUCUUGAGGGCCCUCAAGCUGAAAGAACUGAUGAAGCUGGAGAAGAAGAAAGAAAGAAUGGAGAAGAAGAGUAGACGACCUAAAUGUGAGCAUGACUUUGAGGCAGAUCAUGACAAAAUGACCUUAGCUGACUUCAUUUAUUACCUGCCUGACACAAACCCUAUGAAGUCCUCCCUUUCCACAGAGGAGACUCAAACACCGACCGCUGCUCCACCGACUCCCGCGGUGCAGAAAACUAUGGCAGAAGUGGAUGAGGAUGAAGAUGAGGAUGAUGAGGAGGAGCUGCUUGUUCCCAAAGUCAGGGUGGCAGAAGAUGGCUCACUGAUUUUAGAUGAAGAAAGUCUGACAGUGCGUGUUCAGAGGACGUCUGAUACAGUCGUUGAGAAUGGAAAUCCCCUGUUUGAGCGAGGCUCUACUACAACAUACACAAGUUUCAGGAAGAAAUCCUAUGUGAAAAGUUGGUCUGUCAGAGAGACGGAUAUGUUCUAUUUGGCCAUCAGUAUGGUGGGAACAGACUUCUCCAUGAUGGCUCAGCUGUUGACUCACCGUAGCAGAGCAGAAAUUAAGAAUAAAUUUAAGAGGGAGGAGAGAGCGAAUGCAUGGCGGGUGGAUAAAGCAUUCAGAAAUAAGCGACCAUAUGACAGCGAGUUUUUCAGUUUCCUGCUGAAGAGGGUCUUGGCUAAAGACAAAGAGAAAGGCAGAUCCAUAAAACUGGUUGUAAAAUCCAGUAAAGCAAAGAAAGGCAAAGAUGGUAAAAAAGUGAAACGGGUCAAGGACAAAGGCUCCGUUAAUGAUGAUGAAGAUGAUGCUGAACUGUGCAGUGUGGACGAUGUCUGUUUUGAUUUAGAAAAGGAGAAUGAGGACAGCAGUAAUAUGAAUGUGUCAUUAAGCACAAGCAAGAAGCGUAAACGCACUAAAGACACCGAGCCGAAAACAUGCAAGGCCAGCAAGAAAAACAAGACACCGAAAAAAGCCAAACGCUUAAUGGAAGCUGAAGAUCGUGAGCUUGUGUCUGGGGAGAAGGACUUGACGGAGGAAGACUUUGUAAACGCAGACGAUGAAGAUCAGUCAUGUAUGCCCGUAUCAAAAAAGACACGCAAGCAAACAAAAAAGGGUGACCAGGAAGGGAAAGAACUGAAUAUAGAAGAAAAACCGAAGAAAAAGAAGAACAAAAAGACACUUGAAGUACGGAAUGAAGAACCGACUGAUGGAGAAAGUGGUGCGGUGAAUGAGGAGCACAAUGAGGCGUCUGCCGUCCCAACUAAAAAACGGAGACGCUCCAAAAAGUGUGAGAAGGAAGAGAAGGAACCUACAAAAAGAGAACGGAAGACUAAAAAGAGCAAAACAUCACAGGAAGAGUGUACUGGAUCUGAGCUGGGUGCUGAUGGUAGUGAAGUCUCGUCAACGGCCCCUGGUGCUGAAGAGGAUCAAGGGGAGAAGAGCUGUGCAGCUGAAGAGGAGAUUUCACGGAGCUCUUUGAAACGUUCAAAAAGGCCCAAUUUGGUAAAAAGGAAAGUCAAAAUAUGUUCUGAGCCAAAAGCAGUAGAGAUUGAGGAUACAGUAGAAGAAUGUCAAGAUGAGAGCUGCAGAGAAGCAGAGAAUGAGUUGAGGAUCUGUCUUCCUGAGGAUCAGCUCCAGAAUCAGCCUGUAGUUCUGGAGAGAACUCCUCCAAGGCUAAAAGAUUCACACAACUCAUCUGAAAUCCAAGACCAACCACAGUCCUCCCAGAGCCCGCGGCAUUCUCCCGGACGCCAGAUGAGAGCAGAAAAGGUCAAGCGCAAUCUGACUGCUUCAGGUGAUGGUAGUGAAGACUCGACAGCAGGUCCUGGUGUUAAAGGGGAUCAGGGGGAGAAGCUCAUUCCAGAGAGCACAACUAAGGAGGCGAUUUCACAAAGCUUGUUCAAAUGUUCUCCUGGGCAGCGGACAACAGCGGAAGAGAACGAGCACAAUCUGACCACUUCAGAAGGGGAUGAGAGAGACCUGUGUCAUACUGGGCCAGAUCCUUCACCACAGGACAUGAGCAGCACUGCCGUGGUGGAUCAAGUGGGCAUGCAAGACUCUGAAGAGGAUGAUCAGCGUAUGGAGGAGGGUUUAAAUUUACAUCAUUUAGAGUUUUUGACUUCAUCUGAAGUUAAUGGUCAGACAUUCCUGAAAAGAGCAGUUGUGUUGGUGUCUCAUGACGAAGUGAAGCACUACCUCAGGAGUCAAGCACAGCCCACUGCAGAGGAAUCCACAGCCUCUGAGAGUCAGCAGGACACAGCCCUUCACUCGGGAGAGCAUAGGGAUGGUCUUGAGGAACAGGGCUCUUCUGGUGGUACUCUAGAAGAGAGGGUCUCUCAAGAAGUGAAGGAAACCAGCACCACCUUCAUAUCUGCCCAACAAAGCACUGGCGAAAAAAGGAGGUGGUUUUCCAAGGCCAAACCCAGUCUGAGCCAUGCAGCACAGUCCAUCCGUAGACCUCCGAAUGUACAGAUGACAGAUUUUAGUGAAAAUACUCCGUCUUUCAUACGUGACUCGGUGCAGCUGCAGUGUAGCAGUCCUGGGGAAGUCCAGGUGAAGAACACCCCAAAUGAAUGCCUUGAAGAAGAGCACAUGGACCGUCCUGAGGAAGAGAGCGCAUGUAGUGUCACUCCAGAAGAGAGCUGCCCUCAGGACGUUCAGGUCCAGGAUGAUGAACCAGAAACCACUGUAGAUGAACUUCCUUCCUUAACAUCAGUUGAUGUGCCUGAAAGAAGAGGAGAAUUUGAUGGGUCUGAGAAUGAAGAUCUAAUUACCGAUCAGGAGGAAGAAGAUUCAGAUCCUGUUGAGUCUGAAGUCACAGACGCCAUGAUUGAGGAAUCUCAGACGGAACUGAAGAGGAUUAUUCCAGUCAGCUGUUCUGCGGAUGGUUCCUCAGUUAAAACUCAAGAUGAUCUUGCCCCAGACAGACACAGUCAGCUUGUUAAGCAAACACCCAACCUAGAAGGGACAUCCCCAGACAUGAUCAGCCCUCAGCAGACCUCAGAGCCUAAAGAAGGUCCUGCUGAAAAGUCAGAACCUCAGAGUCCUGCUCAAGCCCAGAACAAUAAUUUGGAUCGUGACUUGGAGAACUUCUCCAGAGAAGAUGAGCUUUUGUCAUCUGAGGUGGAUUUACCGGACCGUACACUGGAUGAGGAUCUUCUGUCUCCUGUCCCAUUACUUAGCUCAACACAAACUUUAGCCACAAAAGUUCUUGUGGAUGAAACUGAUAAAAGAAACACACUUUCAAAUGACUCCGUUCUCAGUGAUGCUUCAUCAGCACCUUUUGAAGCACUCAGUCUGGUUUCAUCUUUUUCUGAUCCUCUCAAGGAACAUGCGAGCAACCUGUGUGAUAUGGACUCGAUGCAGUCUAGCAAGUGUGCAGCUGAAGACGUCCAAAUACCAGGCCAGCAGGUUUCUGAAAAGCAAGACUGCAGAAAAGAGCCAUCAGAAGCUUCUGAGGAAUGCAGUGCUCCUCCAAAUCAAAGUGCAAAAUCAGAAAUUUCAGAUUCAGCUGGAGUGGAUACUGGUGCAGUUGGUAAUGAUAAACAGUCUGAGGAGGAGCCCACCUUUAUUUUAACUCUAUAUGAGAUUCCAGCCUCUCAGCUAUUUCAUGAGGCUGCCUUUGGGCCGCAGGGUACUUCCCCUUAUGAACUGCAGCCAGCACGAGUCCAGACACCCCUACAGUUGUCGAGCAGUUCACAUUUUCAUUCUGACACAUUAGAGGCUUCCAGUGCAUCUCUGCAUAUGGCAUCAGAAGAUCCAUGUAAAAGAAGUUUGCACAAGUUAGUGAAUGACUCCAUGGAUCCUCUUUUAAAGGAUGCAGUAGAUGGUGCCAGGACACAGUUGAUACCCUCACAGCCAACAGAUGUGCCAAAGUUGGAUGAGAUCCUGACAGAAUCCCCCAAAACUAAAGCACCCACUCAAAGGAGAUGCAAGAUAAAGGUCAAGCCAAACCUAAAGCCAGGUGUGACGGCUGGGCCUUCAAAACCCAGUCAGUAUCUACCACCAGCUCAAGCCACCACACAAACUGAGAUUGAGUCCGACCAGAAAACAUCUGCACAGGAUGUCCACUCAAGCCCUGAAGACAGUGAGAGAAGAGCACAUCCUGGACCUGACGCUGUGAUAUCAACAGCCAUUGUACCAGUCUUUGAAGAUAUAAGAGAUGAGAGUCAAGAGAAGUGGCAAAGUCCUCUCAGGACAGAUGAGGACUCUGUUGUUGACCCUCCAAUGCACAGUGCAUUCAGAAAGGAGUCUGAGGGGAACACUGAAGCUGGUUAUAAGGGUGUUUCACACAUGAGGUUGGCUGAUGUGGAAAGUCCUAAUGAUUGUGAGCUCAGAAAACCUGAGGACUUUUCUAUAUGUCUUCCAGAGAGUGAGGAAGCUCUUCCUGCAGUUAGUGACCAAAAGGAAACAAUGGCUGAUAUUGCUAAAAAGCCUGAAACAUCAUGUGUGACAUCAUCUGCAUCUCAAGAGAAGACUGUGCCAUUUAGGAGAGCCAAAUUGCAAGUGGAGCCUAAAAUCCCCAAAACAACAUCUACUAAAGAUGAUUUCCCAAGACAGGAGCAAUCUCACUUUGCGUAUAAUGAUCCAGCCACAGCUCCAAUCAUUUCACCAGCACCUCUGAUUAAAGAGGAAUCCAUUAAAGUGGAACAGGGGUCUGAUCAAGAAGAUUUCUCUGAUAUUCCAAAAGAGGUGUUCGACAGAGAGCCUGCUGCGAUUGCUUCAUCCUCACAACUUCAACAGAUUAUACCAUACAGUACAGCAUGCACUGUAUUGCAACCAGAGGAACUGAAAAUAGAGGAUGGGCUUGAGGAUGCUGCAGACGUGGUGUUGUGUGAUAUAUUGGUGCCGGUUUCUGCUGAAAUGGAAGAUGGUGAUCAUACAGCGAGUGGAAGUUCUGUCCAAAGUCUUCAGAUGGGUGAAGAGAGCCAGCAGGCCGUCGCUGCAGCAGCAGACCAGGAAGCUGUUUCACACAUGCUGCUGACUGAUAUAUUAAUCCCCGUCUGUGAGGAAAUGGAAGAUGAUCUGAGCAAGAAAAGGACAAUAACUGGAAAGAGAAGCCCUCUUGAGGCGGAAAGAUCUCAGGUGAGAGAGGAUCCAGAUGCCACACACCUGUCAUGUGCAGAGUCACAAUCCUCAAACAACGGACCAUCAGUAUCACCCAAGAGAAAAACACCCACUGCGGCAAAAGGCAAGUUAUUGGUAGAGAUGACAUUUGCCAAAAGGAAGACUGGAGAUUCCCCUACGAGUGUCAGACAAUCACAAACCGUUCCUUCAUCAACCUCAAUGUCAGAGUCAACACAAAGUCGUGAUGAGAUAUGUGCUGGCUUGCUGCCCACUGACUCAGAGGACUGUGAGGAGGCAUGUGGGGGUGUUUCUCACAUGGUGCUCUCUGAUAUUUUGGUGCCUGUAUUGGAUGAGACUGUAGAAAGUAGCCUUCACAAAGAAGCCUUCUCAGCUGGUCUUAACAAAGAUGCAGUCCGUGUCGAGAAGUCAACAGAUAUUGAAAGGGUAACAGAAGAGACGACUGCGAGUCGGUCUAUGGCAAUGGAAUGGAAAACGGCUGGCUGUAGGAAAGGAACACUGCAUAAAAUGCCAAAAUUAACAAAAAGAAAAGAUGACUCUUUAGAAACUGACCUCCGUCAGCCCAGCUCUACACAGACCCUUUCAGCUACACCUCAGCAGUCCCUGGACCCUCAAGCAGCAGAGUGGUCCCUCAAAAGCAAUAUGCUGCCCGUGGACUCAGAUGAGAUGGAGAACUGGUGUGAAGGAGUUUCCCACAUGUUGCUGUCCGAUCCAUUUGUGCCUGUUUCUGAAGAGACUGGAGAGAACUCAAGCAUUCCUCAUGAGGAAGAGCAAAUCGGUCUUAGUCCGACAAAGAGUGAGGAGAUGCCCUCUGAAAUUUCAAAUGAAGUACACCAAUUAGACACUACUCCUGACAUGCCAAAGACUUUGAAGUCAGAUGGGAGUCUUCCAGCAUCACGAGCAAAAAACUCCCCAACAAGAAGUACAUUUCAACCUUGUGUGCUAAAGUCAACCCAGGCUGCCCCGACUACACCUCAGCGAACUCGGACAUCAAGAGUGAAAGAGUCCAUGGGAACUCCAACAAGACAACAAACCGAGAUUUCAAGUGUGUGUCGGAUACAGCUAGAGAGGUUAUCUGUAGAGGAGAUCUGCAGUGCCCAAAGUGUCCUGCAACCAAAACAUCACAGCACACCUGUCACUGUGAAAACCACUUCUAGAGGGAAUGAGAUGAAUAAGGCUUCGCAUGGAAGCAGAAGCUCUGGUUCAGAAUCACAAACUGAUGAACAGCCACCUGUGCUGCCAGGAUGCUCGCCAAGGGUUGUCCUCCAUCGUAUACCUUUAACAGCUACUGAUGAGAACACAUCCACACCUACCUCAUCCCCAGCCAGAGUGUCCUCUACACCCUCCCGAACAUCAGCGGAUCAUCAGUCUCCUCAGAAUAGCCCUCCUGUCUCCGAUUUGGAUGCUGAUAAGAAUCCCGCUCAAGUGUCCCACUUCUUACUGGAUGACAUCUUCACUGAAGUUGUGGAUUCGGAUUGAUUCUCAUUUGGGAUGUUCUGCUCAAUUUCUCUGUUACUAUUCCAGUUCAUUGCACUAGAGUGAAUGAUGUGUAACCUGUUCGAUUCUAAUUAUAGACCUGUUAGAGAAUUGUUGGUAAUAAAAAUUUCUUUAGUUAAAUUUUGUUCAUGAAGGAAAAACUUAAAUGUUUAUUUAUUUCUUUUAUUUUAUUUUUUGACAUGCAGUGAUACGGUGAUGGCUCUGUUAUUUAUUUCUAUUUAUUUAAUGUUGACACAUUAAACAUCACAAAACAUUUUA